AGCUCCAGAACCAAAACCAGGCCCUUACCAAACCACCUUUAUCCAAACCAGAGACAAAAAAGGCAGUGAAACGUCCACGGCUCUGAGGACAAACGAGGCCUCUGACUUGUGGAAUCAAACCUGUAAAUUAGAGUUAUUAACAGCUUUAUUACAACAAGUCAGCGACAGUGAUGGUACUGAACUCGACAUGUUAGUCACCGUUGGACCUGGAAGCUUUUUCCCUGACGUAGAUUCAGUCAUAUGGAGCAGGAGUCAUUCAGGACGUGUCCCAGUCAGAUGGUCAAGCCGCCUUAACUGGCUCCUUUCGAUAUAGAGGAGUAGCAGGUCUGCACCUCCUCAGCCCUCUAAGCCCAGAGGAAGCUUGUUUCUCAUGGCCAUAGGUGAGGCAGGAACAUAGACUGAUCAUCCCCAGUCCCAUCAGCACCUCGGGCUCUUUGUUGCUCAGUGAGCUCUUCCUUAGCAAAGAGUGACUGACUGGGGGUCGGCUGUUGCCAUUUGCACAGAGGGGAUGUUCUUGGUCGGGGAUAAUGUUUACAUCGAUGGUACCCAAGGUUUCCAUCGGAAGAUUGUUUUUCAGUUAUUUAUUUGGUGUCCGAUUGCUGGAUAGAUCUGAACUUUAUUGAUAAACCAUUGUGGUUUGGUUUGAGGACUGUGGUUCCCUUCAUGGUUCAGCUUCUGAAAGUGUAACCUGAUUCCAUGUCUUGCCCUGCUCUGCCUUUCAUCGGCUUAGUAAUCUUGUUAGCAGAGUUCCUGCGUAAUCCUCCCACAGUGUUCAGAUCCCUGCAGGUCUACACGGCUUCUUCCCCGCAGCUCUGUGGGAUGCUGCUGGACCCCAACUGAGCAACUCAGGAUGUUGAGCUGGGUGGUCAAAGUUGUUCCCCAGCCGCCUGAGCCCAAAAAAUCAGAAGAACAGAAGGAUGCUGCCCCGCCCCCUGCUCCUGCCCCGCCCCCUGCAGCUGCUCCGCCUCCAGUUACUGAGAAGAAAGUGAAGUUUCAAGAUGAAGUCAAAAGUGAAACACCAAAAGCUGAAAAACCAAUGCAGGAACCUCAGACAGGAGCGGAGAAUGGCCCAGCAGCUGGGUCUCAGAGCGGCAUGCUGACGUGGAUCAGCGGCGCUUUGCCUCAACCUGCAGUCUCACCGAAAAUGAGCCGAGCAAACUCCACUGCCAAGGAGGAAGUUGAACCAGCCAGUAAACCCGAAGACGACAAAGGGAUGAUUGCCUGGAUAUCUCAGGGUCUGGAGAAGGUUGUUCCUCAGCCUGAGUUGAAGAGCAAAGAGCCGCCCACAGCUGAGCAGCCGGCAGAGGUGCGUCAGGCUGCACCUGCUCCAGCUGCAGAGCCUCCGGUUACUGUGGUGGAGGUGAAACCGGACCGAGAUGACAAAACUGAAAACAAGCCACCGAGCAUGAUAGACUGGAUCAAACAGGGCAUCGAGAAGGUGGUUCCUCAGCCAGAGAUCCAUGUUCGCUCAAAAACGGAGGCUGAAGCUCCAGCUCCGGCUAAAGCUGAAGCUCCGCCUCCAGCUCCUCCACCUGUCCCCAAACCAGCCCCAGAGACCGAGAAGUCCACCAAGGAAGCCGAGGAGCCACCAAACAUGAUGGGCUGGAUCGUCAAUGGGAUCGGUCGUAUGUUGCCUCAGCCCGUGCAGAAGUCGGAUGCAGGAAAUGACGAGGUGCAGACCAUCAGUAUCAUACAGAAGAACACAGACCUGGUGCUGGAGGACAUUGAACAGGAAGAAGUCAAGGAAACAAAGCCGGAGGUGAAGGAAGAGCCACAGCUGGAGAAGAAAGAGGAUGUGAAGUCAUCCAAAAAGGAGACUGGAGAUGCAGAAUCACAGGUGGAUGAGUUGAGUCCACUGAUUGACAGCAUCAAAAAGGAGGCUGGAGAGGCAGUCCUAGCUCACAUGGAGGAAAGGCUGCAGCAGGAGCGUCUGGAGGCAGCUCGUGUGGCCGAGGAGAUGGCCAGAAAGGCAGCGGAGGAGGCAGUCCGCCAGCUCGAGGUGGAGCAUUCAGCUAAGAUUGUAAUAGAAACACUACCAGAGUCCAAUGAACAGCUGCCCAAUAUCCUGGAAGAAGAAAACGAGGAUGAUCCAGAGUUACAAAACCUGCAGGAGGACAGUGAAGACAGCACAGAGAAUCAGAGUCCUGAGGAAAAUAAAGUGACAGAGGAAGAUAAAAUCAAGACCACUGUUGAGGAAGAGACUAAAUCUGAUCAGUGCAUGGUAGACGUCUGCCCAGCUGAAGAUGAAAUCAAAGCAACAACUCAAGUGGAAAAGGUGGAGCCUGCUCCAGACGAAACCCACAAGCCCCCAACUCCACCCACUGAAUCUGAAGCACCAGAGGAAGCCACUCCUUCAACAGAUGCAGAACCAGUCUCCCAACAACCUGAGCCACUGCCUCCAGAAACUCCACCUACUACCACCGAUCAGGUGAUGGUCUCCUGGAUUCUGCUUCUGUAGAUGGUAGUUUGAUCC